CUUAGGAAUUAUUGGAACGGAGCUCAUAUGAUCAUUACAAUGGCAGAAGAGCGAACCCCGCUCAUCGGAGGUGGACAAAAUGGGCUUGGACAAGCUUCGUACGGCGGGCCAGGCUCGCCCACCAGCCAGGUGGUAGCAGUAGUGUUUGUGACAAACGUUACACUCGCAGGAGGUAGUGAAGGAACAGUGGUAUCACCAGUUGGCCCAGAUGAGCUACCGCCACCGUACACUCCCUCAUCAUCUGGUGUGCCCAUGGUCACUUGCCGAGUAUGUCAGGCCAUGAUUGACAUAUCGGGCAAAAUAGAUCAACACGUUGUCAAAUGCAACCAGUGCAAUGAAGCGACGCCAAUAAAGAAUGCUCCACCUGGCAAGAAAUAUGUUCGUUGCCCAUGUAACUGCUUAUUGAUUUGCAAGAGCUCAUCACAACGGAUAGCUUGCCCACGACCAAAUUGCAAGAGGAUUAUAAAUCUGUCCCCUUCUCCAGCCAAUCCUUCAUGGCCCAAUGUCCCUGGAAUGUGCCGUGUUACUUGCGCUCACUGCCAUGACACUUUCAUUUUUAACACACUCAACAAUGCUCUUGCCAGAUGUCCACACUGUAGAAAAGUGUCAUCUGUUGGUCCAGAAUUUGCCCGGUGCCGAGGUAUAGGUUUUGUAGUAGUUGCACUGAUUUUCCUUGGCAUUGGGAUUGCUCUUAUUAUUACAACUCUAAAAUUCACAUCAUCAUACCCUGGCAUCUAUGUAGCAUAUAUUGUGGCUUUCCUCAUCUCUCUCAUUCUCUUCUACCGAACGGUGUACUACUGCUCCAUGAAGAUAAGUCUCAUUGAAGGGCCCUUAUAAGUUACUUUCAAGGGUACGAGAUUUCUUCAUUAGUCUGGUACCUUCUUGUUCUUGUUACAAAUUAAUUUUAGAUGGUCAGUAGAAGGGUUUAAUAGAACACAAUAUAUUUGUGACUUACCUUUUUGCUAAGUUGUUGAACCAUUCAACAACAAUUAAACUGACUGUCUGAUUUGUAUAAAUGAUUGGCAAUUUUGAUAAUUUUGUAAGCUUUUUACAUAUUGGUUGGUUUUAAUGAGAAUCUUUGGGUUAUUGUAAUUUUGUAUGUCUACACAUAACUAUACCCAUGUAUAAAUUACCUGGUGGUAUGGUUUCCAUGAUCAUUUUUGCCAGUCAUAUUAAGUAUUAUUCUUUUACACCUUUGUAACAAUUUUUUUUAUUGUCAUUUCAUGCCCUGUAUACUGAAUUUUAUCAGUCAUUAGGAGAUAAAUUUAUGCCACAUAGUGAAUCAUGUAUAAACCAUCAUAAGACAUGUUCAAUGGGAACUCUUUAGGAAGCAAGAUUAAAUCUACUUUCAAGGUCAUUUAUGGUCGGUCUCCAUCAUAUGAGAUACUGUAGUCAUUUUUGGGCUGCCACAGAUUUUGAAAAUGGAAAGUGAUAACCAAAACUUUAAAUUGCCUUUGGGCUCAGUGCUUUGCUGUUAAUUAUAUAGCAAGUCUCACCUUGAAUGGAAAAGUCACCAUUAUCACUUCUAAUUUGCAUUAAUAGCCAUUGUUCACAUUAUAUGAUUAAGGAUUAUAGAAUUAUCUUUUUAUGUAUAUUAAGGACAUUAAUUCCUACUGUUUAAAUUAACAAUUGUCAGGAUGCUCUUGUUGUCUUGAGAUUGUUACUCAAAAAAGUUGGUAAUUGAAGUCGUAGUUUAUUUUAAGUAUAGAAACCUGUGAUAAGCAAAUGAUCUUAGGAAUCUGUCCUCUUUGUACUGUAGUACUAUUAUGCUCACAUAGUACUGAAUUCUUAAAUAUUCUUGAGGAAUGCAAUACCAGGCUUGGAAGAUAAAGCUAACCGACUAUUGUUCUCCUUUAGUACAUGGAAACAUCUUAGAAAUGGGGUUUGAGUUUUGCUUGUUUUAGUAAAGUUUGUUUAAGAAUUCAAUUCUUUGUAUCUUUAUAUAAAUAUUACUCGCAGCUUUCAAUAGGUUUGAUCCUUAGAUGUGCCCGUCCUGUCAAAUUGUCAUCCAAAAAUAAGCCUUAUAUACCAGUUUGGCACACUUUUUAACAAUCUAAUAAACUCUUAGCCGUUUAAAAAUAAGCACCACAUCUGGGUAAAUUUAUUUUUUGAAUGAAGAUGGUGUAAUAAAUGGGGUAUAAAGCAUGUUGAAGCAGUGUAUAACAGUGAGGAUAUAUCAUUCAAAGUAGUGAGAUGGGAUUACAAUCUAAGAACCAAUUUUAUAUUUAAAAUUUACAUUUGUAAUUUAUCAUAUUAGAUUAUAUAUGCGUGAGCGAGUUUGAGCAGGAUUCAAAAUGGUUGGUAUUUUAAUAAAUCCACAACUUUCCAAAGUUUUUAUAUAUUGAUAUGGUUAUCUGACCUCGAAUUUUAAAAUUGUCACCAGCCAAGUAUCUUCAUUGACUAAAAAUUACUGUAAUGGGAUUAAGUAACAUCAGGUGACUGUAGAGAGCAUGCCAGAUUUGCCACUAGUUAGUCCACUCCUGCAUUUAAUUAUUGUAUAUAAUGUUGUGUCAUUAACACGUAUUUAAAUAAAAUGAACUUAAAAUCGGAAGUCAGCAUCCCAGAAAGCGUACGAUGCAUGACUUGCAGGUCAGGUUACACGGCUCGUGUUGCAGGCUAUCAUGGGAGGGUCAUCACUCGAGGCCAUUACAUCGCCAGUCUACUGGCAUUCAAUAGUGAAACUUUUUCUUGUUAUACAGGAACUAUAUAUAUGGGUGAAAAUAUCUUCAUGCAUUAUCCUAUGAUGUUUUGGAGAAAGAUUAGUCUUAAAUUUAUUUAUGUAUACUUGAUGUAAAAUGUAUAAGUUGGAAAAAUUGUGCAGUUAAAAGGUUAGAGCUCUAGUGACAUUCCUAUAAUUAUCUGUACAUAAAUUAUCUGGGGCUACCAGAGUAUUUGUGUAGAAAGUGUUUAUGCUGUAUACAAAAUAAAGUCACUUUAAUGUGUCAAGUCA